AUGACCUCAACCUUAUCGUCACCAUCGACAACGACGACACCGCGGUUGGCGCUAUCGACAGAGGACACGGGCAUCACGGUGCCGAGCGUGUCGACGUCCUCCUCGAUAAAAUGCUCCGCCAGUCGAAGCAGGAGCGGCUGCUCCCCGCGAUCACCAACUUGCGCAGCGUCCACCGCGUCGCCCAAGGUCGUCUUUGGCGCGGGCGCCAUCUCGAGACUCCCGACCGAGCUGGGCUCUCUCCGACUCAACGCACCACUAGUUGUGUCCAGCCCCUCACGCAUCAGUCUCGCGCGAAAGGUGCAGUCUCUGAUACCGAAUCUCGAUUCGAGGAUCCUGGACGCGGCGCUCGUCAACGUCCCCCAGAAAGUCGUCGACGACGCCGUGGCCAGGAUAUCGGGGCGCGACUCCGUCAUCAGCGUUGGUGGCGGGUCCGCAGUCGGUCUGGCCAUCGCCAUCAGCCAGAAGAAAGGGAUCCCGCACAUUUGCAUCCCAACGACAUACAGCGGCUCGGAGAUGCCGCUGGCGGGGGACAGCCGGCGAAGGAGCCUCGAGGGUCGACGAAGUAGGGGUAGCUCGAGCGUCAGCAGGGUGCACACCGGCAGGCCGACCAUCAUCAUCUACGACGAGGACCUCACCAACACCAGCACCAGUAUGACCUUCACCGCACCGAGUGAGGCACACGCCGACCUGCGCCGACAAUCAGAAGACGACUCGCAAUGGAGCUACUUGCACCUGGCCGGAGUGUGA